AUGUCAACCGACAAGCCAACCAUCUCAUCCGACAAGCCAACCAUCUCAUCCGACAAGCUAACCAUCUCAUCCAAAAAGCCGACCACCCCAUCGAUAGCAGCGAUGGCACCAGAGCAUCCAAGCCAGCAACCAAACACACCAGGAUCCUGCGCUCUCCGUCUUGAAAACCUCGAACAACAAACCUCCACCACAAAAGGCGAGCUGAUGGCAUCAGUCGCAGCAGACAUCUGCGCAACCUUCAUAAGCAUCGCCAAGUACUCUGAAGAAGGCACACUCCAAGCACAGCACACUGGGGUGAUCGACAAUGUGAUCCAGACAAUCCGCGACACAGAUGUGAAGCAGCGACACUUGCUCGAUCGACAAGUUCGUCGAAUGCGCAAAGAGAGGAAAUGGAUCCGGAAGAAGUACUCACGACUGGCUGGUCAGGCAGACGCGCUGGGCCGGGCGUAUCAGACGAAGAUGCGGAAGUUGAGCACCUCACUGCGAGAGGCACGAGGGGAGGUGGCACGUCUACAAAAUGAGCGGGAUAUGCUGCGAGCUUGUUUGAAGAAGAAAGUACCUGAGGAUGCUUCGAAUGACAAUGUAGAUGGCGAGGGAGAGGAUGUCGAUGGAGAAUAUGAGGUUGUGGAGGGUGGAGAUAGAAGCUUGGAAGGGUGA